AUGUUUGAACGCUAUGACGAUUUUAUAGGUAAAGGAGACGCUCACAGCGCUGCGAUGAUGAAUGUGAUGAUUUGGGGUCGAGGUACUCAAAGUCAUAACGACGGUCGGCUUUCGAGAGUGGUAGCAGACAAACUCUUUGACUGGUAUAGAAUGAUAGCUCAACGAGAGAUCGCAGGGAACGAAGGCUCCGCAAUUCCUGCUGAGGACCUCAAGCCAGCCGCAGCAGGAAGACUGUCCGACAUCAGCGUCCCAAGCAUGGUGGCAUAUGGAAGGUACGAUGAGACCAGCACGAAUGAAGCAAUGAAAUACGCUGCUCAACGAAUACCUGGCGCGAAGCUGAAAGAGUUCGACAUCGCGCACAUGAUCAACUUGGAAAGUCCCUCGGAGUUCAACAACUGGUUAGAGGCAUAUCUGGAUCAAUUUCUCCUUUAA